GCCCCGGGGAGUCUCGCGAGAGGCGGCCGCGCGCUAAGAUGGCGGCGCUGUGCGAGGCCUUCACGCUCUGCGGCCUGGGGCCCAGCGGCGGUGUCGGGCUGGGCAGCGGCGUCCUGGCCCUGGAGCCGGGCCCCGGCCCCGACCACGUCCUGCUCACCGACCGCGGCAGGACGGCCACGCUCUUUAAGGUUUCAGAUCAGAAGCCACUAGGUUGUUGGUCAGUUAAACAUGGGCAGAUGAUCACGUGUCCAGUCGUAUGCAACUUUGAAACUCAUGAAUAUAUAGCUGUUCAUGAUGACAAGGUUUUAAGGAUAUGGAAGGAUGAAGAUGUUAAUUUGGACAAAGUAUUUAAAGCAACGCUUUCAGCUGAUGUGUACAGAAUACAUUCACUGCCCCAUGGGGAUCCAUUGGUAUUAUUCAAAGGAGGUGGCGUUCGAACUUUAGAUGUUCUUCUGGAAGCCCCACAACAAGAAAUUGAAAACGUUAUCUCAGAUGAAGUUAUCAAGUGGAGUGAAGCUUUCCUGGAAGGUCAACAACCUGUUUUAAUUUUCAUUACUGAGAAGGAUGGGGAUUUUUUUGUCUAUGUACAGAAACUUAAGAUGAACAGUCUACACAAAUACAAGCUUGAACAACAGGAAUCGUCUAAUCCACUGAGUUUCACAGCAUAUAUAAAAAAGCAAACUAUCAUACUUCUGUCUUUGUAUUCCAAUGACUCUGUAUAUAAGGUUCUGAUACCUCUGCAGCAAAAUGAUGAAGGGGAAGAGCAAAUUCUGUCCAAGUCGCUACUGCUAAACCUUUCAAUAUCUGGAAGUGUUCUAAAAGGGACUUCUUUGGUUGUUAUUGAUAAAGACCAUGUUGCGGUAUUAGGAAGUCUAGCAUCUGUUGAAGAAUCCAAAGAGUGCCUAACAAUAUGGAAUACAAAAUUUCAAACCUUACAAACUUCAAAGGAACUGCCCCUGGGAACCAGUGGACAAUUGUGGUGUUAUGGGGAAAAAUUUUUUUUUACUCAUGGAAAAGUGCUAACAGUAGUUAUAUACAAGUGUGAAACUUCAUCCCUGGCAGCUGCUGUGGGAAAGCUCAAGGACAGUCAAGCUUCUGAUUUUUCUUCAUUUGUAAACUGGAAUACCCUUGAAGAUGAAGAGCUUGUGGUUUCCUUACAGCCACAACAGUCUGCGGCUCUAAAAUCUGAAUCCAAAAUGACUUUAAGAUCAAGAAGGAACAGUGUUGCUAAAGUACAGCCAGAUACCUUCAAAGUUGGGCAGAUAUUACUAAAUAUAAAAGAUACUUCUGCAGCUGUAAUUGAAGAUGAAUUAAGACAAUUGUUGAAAGCACAGAUGCCAGAUUUCCAAGCCACCAUUGGAUGUGUAAUAACUGCUCUUAUAAACAGGUGUAAAACAGAUCCAGUGUUCUACCCUCGAAAUUUCCUGUUACAGAUGGUCCAGAAACGAGAGCUGUCAUACAGUUUGUGUCCAGACUUGAUGGCUGUUGCUUUGGAGAAGAAAGAUGUACAUCUCUUACAAAUCUGCUUGCAAAGGUUCCCAGAUAUUCCUGAAGAAAUUACUUAUGCUUGCUUGAAAGUAUUCUUAAGCAUUAGUGACGACGAUCUUGAAAGAACCGAUGUGAAUAUAGACUCUGUAAUCUGUUACAUUGAUAUUGAACCCAAGAAUAAAGAAGUUAAGACUGAAGUUGUAGAAAAUGGUUUCAAUACUGAGCUGGAAGAAGACAGCUGUGAUAAUACAGUCUUAAAGGGAAUGUGUAAGACAAAUGAUGGUGAAUUUUGCCCUGUUGGACCACGGAAGGCAGCGUUAUUAAAUGCUGUUCUCCAUUCAGCGUACAGUGAAACAUUUCUCUUGCCUCAUCUGAAAGACCUUUCAGCUCAGCAAGCUGUUCUGUUUCUCAGGUACUUACACUACCUGUAUGUGAAAUGCAGUGAAAAAAUUAAUACCACUCUUCCCGGAAUGCUCUCCCCAACUAUAAAUCAGAUUAUGGAUUGGAUGUGCCUGUUACUUGAUGCUCACUUCACAGUUAUGGUGAUGCUACCAGAAGCAAAAGGAUUGCUUUCAAGCCUGCAUAAGUUUGUGAGAGCCCAAGUACGAUUCUACUCCGAACUUAAUAAAAUUGAAGGAACUUUGCGAGAACUACAGAGAAUUAAACGCCAGAAAGACUCUCAGGCAUAUUCUAUUGAAGUGCUGGAACUUAUUUGAAUAUGAAAUGAAUUCUCAACGUCUAUUUUAUAUUGAUUCCUUUUAUGACAAGGAUGUAUUAGCACUCCAUAUUGGGGAUGUGAAAAGUUAAGUUUUCUACGUAGGGAAAACACAGUUACUCUAGCUACGUGGGGAGUUGUGUAUUAAAAGAUCUUUUUUGACUGGA